AUGACCGCGCAGCAGCUCAUCGACACGGUCCAGCAACUCCAGGCGAACAUGCAGCAGGCACAACAACGUGAGUUGACUCUUAGACAACAGGUGGAGCAACUGACAGCUGGGCAGACGGAUGCACAGCAGCGUGUCUUGAAUGGACAGCAACAGCAAGCCCAAGCCCAAGCACAGCAACAGCAGGCGGCGUUUCAAGCCAAUGUUGGGGCAGCGUUCCAGGAGCUUGCAAGGAGUCAGAAUGACCUGGUUCAGGCGUUGCGCGAUCGGCCUGACAAGAAGGUGACCUUGGUGGACAAUCGGGGCUUGGCGAAGCCUGACAGGUUUCUUGGAGAAGAGUCCAAUUGGUUGUACUGGAAGACCAGGAUGGAAGCUUUCAUCACCAGCGUGCACCCAAAGAUGGAGGCAGUGUUGGAGUGGGCAGAAGAUUUCGACACUGAGAUCACUGCGACGGAGAUCAAAGCGGCCUUUGGACCAGUGAAUCCGACCCAUCAGACUAUUGAGGAUGUGGAGGAGAUCUCUGGUCAGCUGUAUGCCAUCUUGCAAACGCUUUGCGAGAAAGAGGCUUUUCAGGUGGUGAGGUCGGCUGGAAAAUCUCAAGCAAGUGAAGCGUGGCGCAAACUGAAUCGACGCUUCGAUCCUAGCACGGGUGGACGACGUGGUGCAAUGCUUCGGGCAAUCCUGUCACCACAGAAAUGCACGAAGUUGGAUCAUCUGUGGGCGGCAGUGGAAACUUGGGAAGAAAAUGUUCGUCAAUACGAGCAGCGAAGACGAUCUGAUGGCACCCGGCAACAGUUGGAUUCCGAGAUCAAGGUGUCGAUCCUUGAGCAAUUAUGCCCCGUAGAGAUAGAACGACACCUACAACUGAAUCGCAGUCGCUACAGCGACUACGCUGACGUCAGGGCGGAGUUGGUGAUGUUCUUGGAAACGAGACUUGGACACCGACUGAAGCUUGGAGAUGCAUUUGGUGCUCAUUCAGCCUCUGGAGGCAAGAGGGGCAAAGGCAAGAAAGGCAAAGGAGAUUGCAAGAAAGGUUCUCCGAAAGGCAAGUCCGGCAAAGGAUCUGGACAGACCGACAACAAGGGCAAAGGGUCCGGUAGUGGAUCCAAAGAGACCCGAGUUUGCCACAAUUGCAACAAGAUCGGACACCUCAAGAAGGAUUGUUGGGCGGCCGGUGGAGGUGCUGCCAACAAGAAUCAGCAACCCAAGGCCAAGGCGAAGUCAGGUGGAAAAUCGAAGGGUGUUGGAAACCUUGAAGAAGAGCCUCAAGCCGAACCUUUGGACACUGGGUUCCUCAGCAUUGCCAUGCUGGAGGAAUGGAGCGAGGACGACGUCAAGAUGGAGGAGGAUGCCGAACCGAGCAGCUCUUCAACUUUUGUGACUGUUCGUCCCGAAAGUGACAAGUAUGUGAUGGUCAAGUCCGAGGAUUCGACUUGCGCUGAGCCGUGUGACGUUUGCUUUCACUUCAGGUGUCAGAGGAACUCCAAUGAGAAGCACCAUGACCACGAGUGUGGAGUCUGUGGUUUGGAACGUGAACGCCUAGUUGAAGAAUCCUCCAAGGACAAGCCUGAGAAGAAGUCAGUUCGUGACUAUCUCAAGAUCCUCAAGCCUGAGAAGUUCCACUAUGUCCUGGACAAGACAAUCUGUCUGUUCAAAGGCAUCACCAUCGACCACUUCAAUGGUUUGAGAGAGGAUGAGAAGAAGGAGUUGAGAGACAAGCACGACCCCUUGUCGUUGAGCCGGGAAUCCAAUGCGGAGUCUCUGAAGCUGGUCGAACAUCAUCGCAAUGAUCUUAGAAUCGGCUUCCUCGAAAGGGUUUCGAAGUCGCUGAUGGAAGGAGCGAACCGGACCUUUGGUCUUCGGUCGGCUCCAGAGACGGAAGAGCCGAGUCGAUCCUCUGGAUCGGCCGAGCUCCCGACGCCGUCUCGACCCAUCGGAACUUCGUCAACCCAAGCGAUGCAUCGAACCGUGGAGCUCUUGGAAGUUUCCAACUCAGACGCGGAGAAACGCGAGAAAGUCCAGGAACUUGAAGAAUGCGACGACGAGGACGAGUACAAGCGGAUUGAGAAACGCAUCGCAGAGAUUGAUGCUCGCAAGAACGAGCUCAAAGAGAAGAUCCGCGAGAACGACAAGAAGGCAAAGGAAAAGAAGGCUCAAGGAAGCUUCAAGCUCACUGAGGCAACAGUGAACGAUCAAAGCUGGCAUGACGCUCGAUAUCAUGCUGCGCUGAAGGCUGGCGUCUCUCACUCAAAGGCUUGGUUCGAGGAGAAGAAGCGGCGCAAGGCAACUCUUCAUCGACGAUCUGGAGGCAAGGAACGCGCUGAGGAGAAGCUACGUUUGAAUGAAGCUUGGCACAAGGAGUUCGACAGCAAGAAGGUCAAGGAUGAGGAGUACCACGACGAAACUUUAGGAGGCAUCGAGACAGAGGCAGUGGUCGUCGAGGAGGAUAAGACCCGAGUUUUGAGUGGAAAGCCAAAGUUGGUUCGUCGAGGACAUCUCAAGCGGAAGGACGCUGGUGUCUUUGUCAAGUCGUCGAGGUCAUACCGGAAGUUGACCCAAGAUGAAGUUGCCAAGUUCAAGACUGAGACACGCGCUGAUGAACAGCGUGUCAUGAGCAGACAACGGGUCGACAUCCACAAGAAGCGUCAACGGACAAUGACUGAGUCCAAGAAGUUGGCAAGAUCCUUCCGGGUCAAAACUGCUAGAGCUCGCAGAAGGAUGGCAAAGAAUGAAGAUGCUUUCUAUCUGCAACAUCCCAAGGGUGGCAUGAUGUGCAGUGACUUCAAACGAUCGUUUUGUCGACGAGGUGCACGAUGCAAUAUGGGCCACUCUGAGGUUGAUCGUGAAAUUGGAUUCAUCAAGAGACGCAACGACGUGGUGGUCAAGACCUUUGGCAAGGUGCAGGAGAUCAAUUCCUUUGAAGGCGGUUGGAACAGUUGCCAUGGAAGUUCUGAGCAAUGGACGAAGUUGGUGGUGAACUUCGACACUGGCGCUGCAGUCACGGCAGUGCCCCUCGAGUUGGAAAGGUCUGAAUUGAUUCAGGGCGAUGAGAAUCCGAACAAUGCCUCAUAUAAGACGGCCUCUGGUGAACUUCUCUCCGACAGUGGAGGCGUCGUCGUCAAAGGGUACGACAACAAUGGCAUUGGCAAAAGUGUUGAAGGUCGGUUGAUUGAUGUCCAUCGAAUGCUGGCGAGUGGCACCGCAGUCUCAAAGAAGAAUGUGGUAAUGCUCAUGGAUGGCAAGGGCGUCAUCAUCCCAAAGAAUGGCAAGAUUGCUCAAGGACUCCGUGCUGCGUAUGACGACCUGGUGAAGAAGCACCCUGGGGAAGCCCAACAAGUUACGCAACUCUAUGAGCAGAAGGGCAUCUUUGUCUUCGAUCUUUGGUUGAAUGGCUCGGUCAAUGGCAACGAGUCAGGCCAUUUUGGCAAGAAUCUUGGAGCAAUGGACGAGGGUUUCACCAGGCAGGUGAAUCCGUAA